CGGGGCUGGAGCGGGGCCGGGGCGGCCGCGAGCGGCGGCAGGCGCUGGCAGCACAGCCCUCUGUCCUUUCCCAGGAAAACUCCCAAACCAAAGGACUUGUCCUGCUGCCGACACCCCCCAUCAUCCUCAGCCAGCGGUGAGAUCCCUCCGUGCAGCCGGACAGCCCUUCCCUGAUGCAGAGGGAACGAUGCCGUGAGGGCUGGUGAGCCCUGGCCAGAGCCAUGACAGAGCCCCACAGGGUGUCGUUCACCACCCUGCACGGCCCCCUGAGCAGCAGCUUCCUCAAGAGGUCCCGCAGGGAGGACGGGGAGCAGCCCCCGGAGCCCGAGCCGACGGCCACGGCCGUGCGGAUCACACUGACCCUCUUCGAGCCCGACCACAAGCGCUGCCCCGAGUUCUUCUACCCAGACCUGCUCAAGAGCUGCCGGGGGAAGGUCAAAGGGAGCUCCUCGGGUGACAAGAAGAAAGACCCAACUGAUCCUUUUAAUGAUGAGGAGAAGGAAAGGCAUAAAGUGGAGGCUCUUGCAAGGAAGUUUGAAGAAAAAUAUGGGGGGAAGAGGCGCAGGAAGGACCGGAUUCAGGACCUGAUUGAUAUGGGGUACGGCUACGACGAGUCCGACUCCUUCAUCGAUAACUCUGAAGCUUACGAUGAGCUUGUUCCUGCUUCUCUUACUACAAAGUAUGGAGGGUUUUACAUCAACUCGGGGACGCUGCAGUUCCGUCAGGCAUCUGAGUCUGAAGAUGACUAUGUCAAAGAGAAGAAGAAGAAGUGUCCCAAGAAGCGGAAGUUGAAAGACGGAGGUGAAAAAAUGAAGAAGAAGAAAAAAGAUGAUUCUUACGACAAGGAAAAGAAAUCCAAGAAGUCCAAGUUUCCAAAAGCUGGCUUCACAGCGUUAAAUGCAAGUAAGGAGAAGAAGAAGAAAAAAUACUCUGGAGCUCUCAGUGUCAAGGAGAUGCUGAAGAAGUUUCAGAAGGAGAAGGAUGCUCAGAAGAAAAAAGAUGAAGAGCAGAAAGUGGUGGCUCCUUCCCCAGCAGACCCUGCGGGCCCGAGGGAGGCAGAGGCGAUGCCGGACCCGCUGCUCUCGCUCUUCGGCCACGCCAGUGACACCGACCUGCUCCAGGCAGCCACAGCCAUGGACUCCCUGAGUGACCUGGACCUGGAGAGGCUCCUCAGCGAGUCCCCAGAGGGCAGCCCCUUCCCUGAUGUGGAGGAUGGGAGCGAUCCUGGUGGCACAGGCUUGGAGCAGGAUUUCAAGCAGCCGCCGUCCCUCCCUGAAGGCCUCCCAGCCCCGCUGGAGAAACGCAUCAAAGAGCUGGCUCAGGCUGCCAGGGCUGCCGAGGGAGAAGGCAAACAGAGAUUCUUCACUCAGGAUAUCAACAACAUCAUACUGGACAUAGAGCUGCAGACCCGGGAGCUGAGCAGUCAGGUGAGGUCAGGGGUGUAUGCACACCUGGCUGCCUUCUUCCCCUGCAGCAAGGACACCCUGGUCAAGCGGGCCCGGAAGCUUUAUCUCUAUGAGCAGGGCGGCCGGUUGAGGGAGCCCCUGCAGAAGCUCAAGGAAGCCAUUGGCAGGGCCAUGCCAGAGCAGGUUGCCAAGUACCAGGAGGAAUGCCAAGCCCACACUCAGGCCAAGUUUGCCAAGAUGCUGGAGGAGGAAAAGGACAAGGAGCAGCGAGAUCGAGUUUGUUCUGACGAUGAGGAGGAUGAGGAGAAGGGAGGGAAGCGCGUCGCGGGGCCGCGGAAGAAAUUCCAAUGGAAUGAUGAAAUCAGGGAGCUGCUUUGCCACUUGGUGAAGAUUAAGUUGGAUGGUUAUGACCUUGACAAGAAUAAAGCUCAGUCUCUAGAGGAUUAUGUGAAGACCUUCCUAGAAGGAGAGGUGAAGCCCCUUUGGCCAAAAGGCUGGAUGCAGGCCAGGACACUGUUUAAGGAGAGCAGGCGUGUACACGGACACCUCACAUCAGUCCUGGCGAAGAAGAAAGUUGUGGCUCCUACUAAGGUGAAAGUGAAGGAAUCUUCCUGCAAGGCAGAUAAGAAGCUGUCGGUGUCUGUUCCUUCAGUGCACUCGAGCAGCACCUCGGCCAUGUCUUCAGAGCCCCAGGGAGGAGCUCUGGGCAUCAGUGCCCAAACCAGAGAACUCUUGUCCCUUGGGACAGCCCAGGCAGCCAGCAGUGGCACUCCUGCUACCUUCAAGGAUGACUCCUUGGAUGAGGACCUAAUUCACAAUCCCACCUCCUCCCUGGAAGCAGUCUCUAAGGAACUGGCUGUGCUGAACAGCAGAGCAGGAGGGAGCCCUGACUUUACUCUUCCCGCACCUCCAAAAGCUCCACCAGAGAAGAUCCCAACUCUUGCAUCCUCAGAGGAGAAGAGGACAUUUCCAAAGUCCAACCCUUCCCCUACAUCUUCCUCUGGUUCCCUCCAGUCUCCUCUAAAUUUCCUGGCUGAGCAGGCCCUGGCGUUGGGCCAGUCUUCUCAAGACAAGAAGACAGAGAACUCUAAUUACAAAGAGCAUUCCUGCCAAGCCUCCCCCAGCAAAAUCCUUGCCGAUGCCCACCAGGCCAAGCAGAAGCACCACAGCCUGGUGCGGCCCAGCCACGGCCCCCAGGCCCCCGCGGCGGUGCCCGGCUCCCAGGUGAAGGUGUUUCACCCCAGCACUCAGCUCCAGAAAACCUUCACCUCCCCAGCUCCCUUUGUCAAACUGCAGAACCCCAAGUCCUCCUCGCCCCUGCCCCAACGCUCCCUCCUCCAGCAGGUCAAGUCAUCAACCAAAGCUCAGAGCUUCCAUUCCUCUGCGUCACCAGGCAGUGCUCCAAACCCCAGCGGCUCCCACAAGAGCCCGGGCUCCUCCUCAGCAUCUCUCAGCUACAGCGGGAAGCACUCGAGCGGCUCCAGCUCUUCAGGACAAUCCUACAAAUCGCCUUUUGUUGCUGGGUCCCUCUCCAAGCACGGGGCUUCUUCCAGCAGCUCCUCCUCUGGAGCUUCUGCAAACCAGGGCAGCUCCUCUGGGGCGCUGCUGCCCGGCCCAGCCCCUGCUCUGGGCACGUCCGCCCGCCCGGCCUCCAGCUCCUCGCUGAAGAAGCCUCCUGUGUCCCAGAAGCUCACUCUGGUGGCACCUCCCGGGGGCUCCAACGGAGAUUCCAGCGGGGGCACCCAGGGGGUGGCCAAGCUGCUGACCUCGUCCCUAAAGCCAGCGGUGGUCAGCAGCACCGCAGCCUCUACCUCUGUGCCGAAAGGAACUAGUGGAGCUGUGCUGCUAACCAGUUCUUCCUCCCUAAGUGUACUGGCUCCAUCCUACAAGUCGAGCAACCCAAAGCUGCCGGCUGCCCUGAGCUCCACCCCGUUAGGUAUUAUCUCUCCUAUUCAUUCCUUCCCUCUCCAUGUCAUCUCCUUCAGCUCCGACUCCUCCCCAAAAGCAGGAGUGUCAAAGGAUGCCAUAGUCACGGGACCUGCUCCAGGGACGUUCCACCACGGCCUUGGGCACAGUCUUCUGGCUGGUUUGCACUCCAGCCCCCACCAUGCAGCGCCACUCCCACACUCUGCCCUGUCCACUCAUUUACCACAGAGUUUGCCAGAUGCUUCUCAGCUUCAUGGCAAAGGGUCCAAUGCACAGCAGCGCAAGUUGUGACGCCUGCCAGGAGGGGAGCGAGAGCACCCAUGGGAUAAAACCAAGAGGGACAGGUCAUGGAAUUUGGAUACCAGCUGUGUCUUUUCAUUUCUUUUCUUUGGUCUUCUGUUUCUUUUUUUCGUACGACAACUGGAGAGACUGAACUGCGAUGAGGAGCUCGUUGGUGCGUCUGCUUGGAGGCUUCCAGAGCUGAGCCCCGCACGAGGGGCCACCUUGAGCCAUGUCCUGAUGAGAGAAGCAUUUUGUAGCACUGUUUUAUUGCUGCUGCCCUUCACGCAUUCCCUGGCACUGGCAGGAGCUGGAACUCGCAGGGACACUCGGGUGUUUCCCGUGACUCCCACCCGCCUGUGUCUGCAGCUGCCAAGUACCUCCAAGUCCAGUUACCUCCUUGGUCUCCCCAUGGAGGGUAUGAAAGGUGCUUCUUUCUUCUGCUUUGGAUUUACUUGGGUAAUUCUAGCACUGCCAGUGCUUUCCCGAAGACAUUUGAGGAACUUCCCAAUUGUACUAUAAAACUGUGCUACAGUUAAUUGGAGGACUUAACAUUUUCCUGUGUGAUGAAUCCAAGGAACCACCUGAUGUUCCCCUCGAGGAUUUAGAGAGACAUUUUUAGAUGCUGUCGUGGACUUUGAGAAUUCUACUUCUUUUGAGUUUCUGGAUUUUUUUUCCAUCUGAAGGGAUGCUUUUUUCCUGCUCAGUUUUAUCCUCAUUACCAUCGAAUGCAUUGGAUCGGAUGGGACACUUCUCGGCAUGUCACAUGGAUCGGAAGACAUAAUUCCAGUGCCUUUUAUGGUGGAGCAAGAAUGGACUAGUGACACACAUUUCAGCCCUAUUUCGUGUGCUCCUCAACCCUUUUUUAAUCAUUCUGUAUUUAAAAUGUAUUCUGGUUUAUUUAAUAGAGCUUUUUAUGGUUGCACAUCAAAAAAAAGAAAAAAAGCUGCACUGUCUGGACUUCAGUGGUGUCCUGGUGACUGAGCACAGUCCCACAUCCAGCAAGAGCACCAGUUCUCAUCCCAGUAUGUGCAGGCGGGUUCCAGGCCCUCCCCUAAAGCCAUUCUUUCCUAGGGUGUGGGUUGGGAUCUCUUUGGUGGGCAGAGGGAAUGACGGAGAUGAACCAAGGUCACUACUAAUCAAAGGAAUUCCAGAGGAAAAGAUUGCUCUCCUCCAUGAUUUCUGCACUAGGAUCAUGUGCCCAGCACAGCUGCAGGAACAGGGACCAGCUACAACUGGGGGGUAUCUUUUCUUGUUAUAUUUUUAACUUUUAGACCUAAAUACUUGCCCUGAGCCCCCCCUUUCAGACCAUGCAGGUUGUGGUUCCACCUGAGCUUCCUGAGGUUUGAUUUCCUGCUCUCCCCUGCUCUGCCUUCUCUCAGGCCCCCACAGCCAUGCUGGAAUCGUGCUGAUCCAUGUAGAAUUUACUGGUAUUUCAGGCAAAAGCUUGCAGCUUCCUCCUUGAGCUUUGGGGAAGGAUGCUGACCCCGACUAUACCAGCAAAUCUCUACUUUAGUUUUCCCUGUUUUAUGAAGAUCCAAGUGAGACUGUUUUCAGUUUGAGCUGAUACCCAAUUUCCCAAGAUCAAUGAAUUGUAUUUUAAAAAAUACUUCAGCUCAGAUUUCCAGUCUGUUUACAGCAAAUACCUGGGUUGUAGCAAAAGAGCCAAAGACAGAAUUUGUGUUGUUGGAACGAAGCCCAGCAGUUGUUGGUGGACUCUGAGCAGUGGAUGUCACAUGGUUCCCGUUGAAGGCCCGAUCCUGAGAGGUACUUUGCACCUUCAGCUUCCCCUGGGAGCUGAAGGAGCGUUGGGGCACUUGCAGGACUGGGGGUCUCAGCGAGUGACUCGAGGUACUGGUUCUCCUCCCUCUCUUUGCUUUCACUUGAACGCUCCUGCUGGGAAGUGUGGCCGGAGCAGAACGCCCUCCUUCUAGGAAUUUAGCAAAGCCUCUUGCCUCAGGGAAAUGUUUAUUUGGUGGGAAUUCUGCCGGAUAUUUUUUCUUUACGUGCUAUAAUGAGUGAGUGAAUGGUGUGGAGCAGAGUUGCAGCAAGGCAGGGCCACGCAGAGACCUGGCACCUGAGUGGGAGCCAGUCUGGCAUCUCUGCCUGGGCGAGGCCUUGCAGUGCUUCCGUGAUGGGAUGGGGAGGAAAGGCUCCCAUGGCACUUACUGGGAAUGGCAGUUCCUUUUGGGUGUAAGAGCUGUGGUUUACUAUUCUAUUUUUUUUUUGUGUGAGUUGGGACUGUCUUGCUGAAGAUGGUGGGGGUGGUAUGAAAACUGUUAAUCUUGUACAGAACAACUGAAUAAAUUGUUUCAAACUUUC